AUGGCAAAUCAUGUUUCCUCCUCCUCUGCAUUCACUAAUCAACUUGUCUACCCUUCCUCAGAUGCUUCAGAAUAUCCGUUUUGGGAUGCACAAUGUGAACAAUUCCCAUUGACUUAUUUCAGUGCAAAAAAUAAUGAUGAACCCUUGCUAAACAUGGACUUUGAUCCAUUUUGGAACUUUGAACAUAAUCUAGAACGUCUAAUCGAGGCCACCGCCUUGAAUCCACUAGGUAUGGAUGAGGUUCUUCUUCCCUCUGCAAGUGUUAUACCUAUAGAAUGGGAUAUCACCCCGACUUCGAACGCCGUAGCUGUUAACCAGGACACAAGUACUGGUACAAAGGAGAGCAUGAUAGAGAAAAUAGUGCGUAGACAGUCCAAGAGGAUGAAAAAAACUUUUCGUGAUCCUUCAACAAUAAGCAAGGCAAUGCUUUCUACUUAUUUCCAUAUGCCCAUUUAUAAAGCCGCUAAGGAACUAAGAGUUGAGUACAGAAUCUUGAAAAGAAGGUGUGAGGAAUUAGGAAUCUUCAGAUGGCCUCAUCGACAAUUAGUCAGCUUACAGAAAUUAUCCGAAAAUGUUAAGGAAUUGGGUAGCAUUGAAGAUGACCCUGAACUGAGAGAAGUACUCAAAGAAAUAAAAGAUAGAAGAGAAAUGAUGCUAACAAAUCCACAUUUGAAAUUGCAUCCAGCCGAAAUAACUUAG